GCUGUCGCAUCAGGCAUAACACCGUUACAGAAAUCCCUUUACACCACUCUAGCAUAUCUCGUUACCGCCAUCACUACUGAUGCAUCAAUUCAAAAGGUGGAGGUUGAGCGGGUGAUGCGCCUCUACGACGCCUUUGAGGCGACACGAGCUGCGCUGUGGCAGCAGGAGGCGGAGAAGUUACGACGUCGAGAGGUACUGACCACAGUGAAAAGUCGUUUGCGAGCACUGGUCGACGAGGAAGAGCGACUUACCUUCUUCGAGCACGCCGAUGCUAUUGAACGUCAAGCGUGGCUGGCGCCGCGCACUCGCAGCGAGCGUCGGUGGUCGCGAAUGAAGGAGUGGAAGAAGGACCUUCGGGAGUAUCACGAGAAACGACAAGGGGGUCGAGAUGCCUUGGCUGACAUCUAA